AUGGGUCGGGGUUACACCAUUGAGGUCGCAGCCUUUGCUGCCACGGGAAGUUUCCUGUUUGGAUAUGGCUCAGGUGCCAUGACGGAUGUGAUUGCCUCUCUGGAUUUUCUGGAAUUCUUCAAUACAACCAAGCCUUCCACAAUUAUUCGUGCUACUAACAGCACUUUUUCCGGAGGCGCCGCCGUGGGAGCCCUCAUGGCCCGUUUGACUAUUGGUUGGCUGGAUCGCAAGAACACUACCCAGAUCGGCGCUUUACUCUCACUUGUUGGUGCUUUGUUGCAAUGUGUAGCACAGGAUUUGGCGAUGAUCMUAGUCGGACAAAUUAUUGCUGGCUGGGCUGUGAGUGGGAUGAGUAUGUCUGUGCCGCUCUACCAGGCCGAGUGUGCGCAUCCAAAGAUGCGUGGCUUGUAA